GAUGCGCGCAUUGGGAGCCGGAGAGCAUUGGCAGUCUGACGGUGACACGUGCCUCUCUCUCAACACCCCCGAGCUCCCGUGUACCGCAUUGGCAUCAGUGACGGCCACUGAAACACACGACUCGAAGAUACGGAGAACGGAAAACCCCGCGCGCAAAACCACGAACAUUCUCCUUUUUACGCACUGGAAAUUACGCACUCGCUUUUGGGAAGCACGCGUAAGAGUUCGGCCAGAGAAAACGCAAGAGAGAGAGCGAGAGAGAGGAGAAGGUGUGCAGGAUGCAUCAUUUACGUCUGAAAGUGACAUGAAACACGGAAUUAGCAAAAACACCAGGCGUGAUUUCAGUCAGAACUGGAGAUAACGAAUACGCGUCACUCCGAGGUCCGUUCUCUUCUUUCUCCGUGGAUGCGCAGACAAAGAACUCCGGUCGCACUCUUAACUCGAUAUAUCUAGAGUAAAGAAUUACCAAAAAAAUAGUAUUUCAACAUCAGUUUCAUUUAAGAGAGCAACCAUGGCCACGUUAAUUAGAAGCAAGAUCUCUAAUAAGCUCUCCAACGCGGCCACCACGGUCACCAAUAAGUCUCAGGCGAAGGUGAGUGGGAUGUUCGCCAAAUUGGGUUUCCAGGCCGCCACCGAUGAAGAGGGUUUGGGUUUCGCUGCAUGCGAUGAUCUGGACUAUGAUCACAGGCAGGGGCUUCAAAUGGACAUCCUUAAAAACGAUGAGAUUGGCGGUGGGGAGGUCGCAGGCGAGGGAACGCUCGACGGGGACAGUCAUUACCAGAGGGACGGAACGGGUCCAACGCCCUCGGCGUCCAAAGACGGGGGAAUCUGCUCGGAACUAGCCGGCCUGGACAAGCCCAAAAUCACUGCUUGGGAAGCGGGAUGGAACGUGACCAACGCGAUCCAAGGCAUGUUUGUUCUCGGGUUACCCUACGCCAUUCUCCACGGCGGAUAUCUCGGACUCUUCCUCAUUAUAUUCGCCGCGGUCGUGUGUUGCUACACAGGGAAAAUCCUCAUCGCUUGCCUGUACGAAGAAAACGAAGACGGCCAGUUGGUACGAGUGAGAGACUCGUAUGUGGAUAUUGCCAACGCUUGCUGCGCGCCGCGCUUCCCCUCGCUAGGAGGCCACAUCGUCAACGUAGCCCAAAUCAUCGAGCUCGUCAUGACCUGCAUUCUGUACGUGGUCGUGAGCGGAAACCUGAUGUACAACAGCUUUCCCACGCUUCCCGUUUCCCAGAGAUCCUGGGCGAUAAUCGCGACCGCCGCUCUUCUGCCUUGCGCUUUCCUCAAGAACCUCAAAGCCGUGUCUAAAUUCAGCUUGCUCUGCACCAUCGCGCACUUUAUCAUCAACGUGCUAGUCAUCGCAUACUGUCUGUCAAGGGCGCGAGACUGGGCGUGGGACAAGGUCAAGUUUUACAUCGACGUCAAGAAGUUCCCAAUCUCGAUCGGCAUCAUCGUGUUCAGCUACACCUCGCAGAUCUUCCUUCCAUCGCUUGAGGGGAACAUGCAAAAGCCUAGCGAGUUUCAUUGCAUGAUGAACUGGACUCACAUCGCCGCCUGUAUCCUGAAAGGCUUAUUCGCACUAGUGGCUUAUCUGACGUGGGCUGACGAGACGAAAGAAGUGAUCACGGAUAACUUACCAUCGGGAAUCAGAGCUGUCGUCAACCUCUUCUUAGUGUCAAAGGCGCUGCUAUCGUAUCCGUUGCCGUUCUUCGCCGCCGUCGAGGUCCUAGAAAAGUCUUUCUUCCAAGAUGGAGGACGUGCGUUUUUCCCGGACUGCUACGGAGGCGACGGGAAGCUCAAAUCGUGGGGGCUUUCGCUACGCUGUGCGCUAGUCGUGUUCACUAUGCUAAUGGCUAUUUACGUGCCACACUUCGCACUCCUCAUGGGUCUGACGGGCAGUUUGACGGGCGCCGGUUUGUGUUUUCUCCUCCCCAGUCUUUUCCACCUCAAGCUGUUGUGGAGAAAGCUCUUGUGGCAUCAGGUGUUCUUCGACGUCGCUAUAUUUGUAAUCGGGGGAAUAUGUAGUAUUUCUGGGUUCAUUCAUUCCAUCGAGGGGCUCGUCGAGGCGUACAAAUACAACUUGGUGGAUUAGUUUCUGAAAAUGGUAGUUUGGUGAUUAAGUGUUACAACGCAUCCCACAUAUUGAUAACCAAACCAAUAAUCCCCCCCCCCCCCAUCCAACCCAACCCAACCCAACCCC